CCUCAGACUCUAUACUAAGUUUUGCUACCAAUUUUCUCUCUUUCUCUCUGACUCUGAGAAAAUGAAAUUGGGCAAGAUAUUACUGCACACAACAGCAAUCUCCAAUUAUUCUUCUGGUUCAGGAGGUUAUAAAAGAGUAACACAACUUGAGCAAAAUGUGAGGGAUGACUGUAAAUCUGGUAAGAUUAAGAAGCUUGAAGAUGGUUUGCAAUACUUUGAUAAGUUGAUUUUGGAAAGGCCAUUACCAUCUAAUAGUACAUUCUGUCAUGUGUUGAGUUCUUUAUCCAAAAUCAAGUGUUACUCAGAUGUGAUUAUGUUGUAUAAGAAGAUGGAAUUUGGUUGGAGUAGAACCUGAUCUGUAUACGUUCACCAUUUUGAUUAAUUGCUGUUGUCAAUUAGGAAAGGUUGAUCAUGGGUUUUGUUUGCUUGGAGAGAUUAUAAAGAGAGGUUAUCAUCCUGAUACUGUCACUUUUACUACACUGAUUAAAGGGUUGUGUCUUCAAGAAAAGAUCGAACCUGCAUUCAAAGUGUUCGGUAAAAUGACUGAAACAGGUAUUCAACCUGAUGCCUUUACAUGUAGCACUCUUAUACAUGGGCUUUGUAAAACUGGUCAAGUGGGUUGUGCUCUUCAGCUGAAAAACAAUAUGAUGAAAUGGAAUUGCAGACCUAGUGUUGUUUCAUAUUCUGCGAUCAUAGAUACACUUUGCAGAGGAGGAUUAGUUGAUGAAGCUUUAAUUCUCUUCUCCGAUAUGCAUAGGGAUUUGAAUGUUUUACCCGAUGUAGUUGUUUACAAUUCUUUGAUCAAUGGAAUUUGCAAUUCAGGCCGGUUGAAUGAGGCAAAGAGACUCCUUAAAGAGAUGGCUAGUAGAGGGAUCUUUGCAAGUGUAACAACUUAUAGUUGUAUGAUUCAUUGUCAUUGCUUACAUGGUCGAUGGGAAGAAGCAAAAAGGUUUUUUGAUGCAAUGAUGGAUCAAGGGAUAUUACCAAAUACAGUAACCUUUAAUAUAUUAAUAGAUUCAUGUUCUAAAGAUGGGAUGAUGGAAGAUGCUUGGGGUUAUUUAAAUUUAAUGCACCAGAUGCACAUAAAACCCGAUCUCUGUUUGACAGGUCGACUGCAAGAAGCGGCUAAACUGUUUGACUUGAUGGUGGAUAGAGGCCUCGAGCCAGAUGAGUUCAGAUACAGUGUGUUAAUCAUUGGGUAUUGCAAGAAUCGUAAGUUGGAUGAAGCUACGCAGCUAUUCAAGAAAAUGAAACGGAGUGGACUGCAACCUGACACUGUUACUUACACUGCACUGUUAGGGGGAUUAUACCGUGUUGGAAGAGUUAGGGAAGCAGAAAGAUUAGUUAGCGAGAUGCAAUCUUUUGGUCCAUCUCCAAAUGAAGUUACAUACGCUACGAUGAUGAAUGGUCUCUGCAAGAAUAGGAAAUUGGAUAAGGCAGUAGAAUUGUUUGAAUCCAUGGAGGGUAUUGGUAUCAUAGCUAAUAUUGAAAUGUACAGUAUUCUUACUUAUGGUUUAUGUCAGGCUGGUCAGUUGGAAGAUGCAAGAAAGCUGUUUAUUGAGAUCCCAAACAAAGGAUUGACACCUAAUGUAGUAACAUAUAAUACAAUGAUCAAAGGCCUCUUCCGUGACAAGAUGUUACUGGAGGCUUACACAUUAUUCAUCGAAAUGGAAGAGAAGGGUUGUUCGCCAAAUGCUAGAACAUAUGAUACCUUCAUCAAUGGUUUUCUUAGAGCAAAGGAGCCUGCCAAGGCAUUGCAAUUUCUUCGCAAGAUGCGUGAAGGAUAUCUUUCACCAGCAGCCGCGCGCUUCCAGCUCCUCCAUCUUUGGCCCCAUUGUCUGUGCUUGCUCCGCCAGAACAUCGCACUCAAGAAAUGAUUAAUGAGAAGCUGAAGUAGGCAGAGGACCUUGGUACGUCAACUAUUGCCCUUUGAAUCAAUGUUACGUAUUUGUUGUUUAGUUUUUCUAGGGAAUAUGGAAAGGUAUUCGAAUUUGAACUGUUGAUUGUUAACCGUCUGAUAAUUCUGUUUGCUCACUUUGCUGUAAUAACAUCCGAGUCUCUGGUAUGUAAUUUACUCCUUAAUGUGGUUAUUUUACUUGG